AUGUGGAAUACCAGUACCGGCACCGAACUCUCCUCUGAAUCGCACGACUCCACAGAGGAAACUGAUCCACAGCCGUUACAUUUGGCGGCACUAGCAUCCUUAAAAGGUGAGAUUAUCGAGUUGACAAACAGACUGUCCCAUGUGACUACAGAGAGAGACUCAUUGGAUAGAAAGCUUGCUAAAGCCCAGAUUGAAAGAGCUCGUCUAAUACAUGAGAAUGAAGAGAGAUUUGAAACACAAUCACAACGAUAUGAAGAAAGAAUUAUUGAAUUACACAGUGUCAUUGCAGAGCUGAACAAAAAGAUUGAUAGAUCACAGGGGAAUGUUAUCAGGGAAGAAGAUGAGUUCUCUCAGUCAGCUUCCACACCACCAAGCAAUAUCAGUAACAGUGGAGGAAGUUGUAGUGCAAGUUGUCAGAAUAGCAGUGAUACUGUGCCCAUUGAACACUGUAAUGAUCUGAAUGCAGAGCUUUCGCGAGUUGUGGGCGUCUUGGAACAUGCCAUUGAUUAUCGUAAAAACAACGAUAACUACCGACAAAAUAUAAACAGAGUUGAUGAACAGGUGGAGCAACUUACAUCAGCAAGUGAAACUAUUGAACAGAGAGCAUUACAGGCUGUCAGAGAUGUUGAGUCAUUGCAGUUUGCCGUCAACGAUACAACGGACGUUGUCGGUGAUUGCUGCGGAUGUCACUGCCAAGUAGAAAAUAUACAACAAGAACUCACAGUUAUUAAAGAAGAAAAUGAAACUCUCAACUCAACGCUGUGUCAACAAGAGGAAGACAUAAGUAAACUAAAAUGCAGCAUGGUUGGGGUACGAGACGAUAGAGACAGACUCCGGAGAAAG